GCUGAGGGCUGGCCCAGGGUAGCCCAGAUGUUCCCGGAAGUGCAAGUGCGGGAAAGAACAGUGAGGGUGUGUGCAGAGGGUGUGUGUCCAGGAGCCCCGCAGACGUGGCAGCUCCGGGUAGGGGCUGGACUAGGGCAGUGAGCUCUCUUCCUUUGCCCAGCUGGUAUCCAGGCCCAAGAGAACUCUGCGCCAGCCUCGGACAAUGCACCAGGAUGGUCACUAUCCUCAGCCUUCUCCAUUUGUGAAUGGUUCCUUGGAACAGGAGCCUCAAAGGCAGCCCCCAGAGAUGCUAGGUGAGGUCAGGGGACUGCCUCCAGGGGACGGGCUGCCACUACUGACUUUCAUCAUCGUUGCCUUCAUCCUACUGGCUAUCUGCAUUGUGCUGGCAGUUCACUUUGGGCCUAUGUUGCACCAGGGUCAUGCCACUCUCCUCCCAGAGCCACCAGCCCUUAAGCCAGAGAAUGGCAUUUACCUCAUCCACUGGCGGCUGCUAGGCCUGCAGGACAGCCACAGAGAAAUCCAGCAGGGACUUCCUAUGCCUCACUCUGGCCCAACCCUAGACGGUCACAGGGCCAGCAUUGAUGAAGUCACAUAUCUGUAGGAGGAUGAUUUGGAGUUAGCCUGACUGGUCUCGGGACAAGAAACUGCACUGAAAAGUGAAUUGGAGCCUGGAUGUCGGAGCUACAGACCUCCUGGUCCCUGGACUCGGCUGGAGCUGUGCUCAGAUGUUUAACAAGAAAGCUUCAUAAGUGACUGUGAAACGCUACUUGAGGACCUUGCCUAGAGACUUGGUGCCGAGGCCACCCUUACAAAGCUCCCGUCCGGAACACCAGGACCUCCUCAGAGUUCCUGUUCCCUUCUUGUACUUCUGAUCUCCAUCCCUCUUGGAGUACAGGGAAGACCCCAUCCCUGAGCAGGAACGUCAGAGGUCUACUGAGAAGGCCUUCACACAUCGGCUGAGCCAGAGAGAACUAGAGCGAAGAGCUGUGGGGCGUCCUCUCUGACACACUGGGUGCUCUGCAAAGGAGGCACUUCUGUUGCCUCUCUGCCUUUGGAGGGCACCUUUGGCUGCCAGGCCUUGGCCCUGUUGAUAACCUCCAAAGCUCCUGGAAUCUGUAAUCUCCACUUAGAGUUUCAAGAUUGGCUUUGAGCGUCCCCAGCUCUGUCUUGACAUCCUAGGAUCUGAUGGUGGAGUGUGGGGGCUCUUAUUACAUCUUAUUUUCUGUGUGAGGGUAGGCCUGUUGGAACAAGCCUAAAAUU